GAAAGAGUUUAAUUCGGAAGGUACAGCUAGUUUUACAGUUAUAAUGAUAUAUUUAAAGACUUUGUUGAACGUUGUGGAUAACUCUGGAGCUUUGGUAGUGGAAUGUAUCAAAGUUUUACGUCAUGGUCCUAGAAAUUGUGCCAAAAUAGGUGAUGAAAUCACCGUAGUUGUUAAAAAAGCUAGAGCUUUACAAACUGAUAUAACGGGUCAAAGUUCGAAUAAAGUUAAAAGAAGAGAUAUAUGUCGUGCAGUUGUUGUUAGACAAAAGGCUCCAUUUAGAAGACCAGAUGGUUCAGUAGUACGUUUUGAUGAUAAUGCUUGUGUCUUAAUUAAUAAGAAUGGUGAACCAUUAGGUACUAGAGUUUCUUCAGUAGUUGCUAAAGAAUUAAGAGAAUUAGAAUACACAAAAAUUGCUUCAUUAGCUCCAAAGUCAUUUUAAAGCGUCCCCUUCCUUGUAAAUAUGUAUAUAUUACCCAAUUUCAUAUUUUAAUGUAUAUUAUGAAUUAACAA